AUAGCCCAGACCUCACCCUAGCACUGCAGCAGCAACAUGAAGAUGGUACCAUACCUGUGGAUUCUGGGCAUUUACUACUUGCAACUUCAAUGCAUCUGUGCAUCCUUUGUCACAGGAAAUCAAAAACAAGUCCAAAUUCCUAAAAACAUCAGUAUAUUAAUCCCAAAUGACUUUGGGUUGGAGCUGGCCUCUGGAGAUCAGCGUGAAAGCAAUGUAUCAUCUAGGCUGAAAAUAUUCUCAAUGGGUUAUUAUCAUGUCAGAAUUCCAUUUGAAAUCACAUUGUGGAUAAUGCUAGCUUCAUUAGCUAAAAUAGGCUUUCAUCUCUCCUACAAGUUACCAUCAGUGAUACCGGAGAGUUGUAUCUUGAUAAUUGUGGGACUCAUCAUGGGGGCAAUUAUUUAUGGUGUGAAGGAUAAAUAUGUUCCAGUGAUGAACAGUGAUAUUUUUUUCCUCUAUUUACUGCCCCCAAUUGUUCUUGAUGCAGGAUAUUUUAUGCCAAGUAGGCCAUUUUUUGAGAAUAUUGGUCCUAUUCUCUGGUAUGCCAUAGUAGGUACCCUAUGGAAUGUAUUGGGAAUUGGUAUCUCUCUUUAUGGCAUUUGUCAGGUGAAUGUUUUUGGACUUCAGAAUAUUUCACUUCUUCACAACCUUUGGUUUGGAAGUCUAAUUGCAGCUGUGGACCCAGUGGCAGUUUUAUCAGUGUUUGAAGAAAUCCAUGUAAAUGAAAGGCUUUAUAUCCUGGUGUUUGGAGAAUCCCUUUUAAAUGAUGCUGUUACUGUGGUGUUGUAUAAGCUCUUUGAAGCCUUUGAUAAAAUGGCAGAGAUUCAGCUUAUGGACAUCCUUGUUGGUAUUGGGGCUUUUUUCAUAGUUGGCAUUGGAGGAGUGCUGUUUGGUCUGGCAUUUGGAUUUGUGGCUGCCUUAACCACAAGAUUUACAGAGAAUAUCCGCGUCAUUGAGCCACUGUUUGUUUUCUUAUACAGUUACCUCUGCUAUCUUACUGCGGAGAUGUUCCAUUUGUCCGGUAUUGUGGCCAUUAUAGCAUGUUCUAUGAGCAUGAAACGCUAUGUAGAAUCCAAUAUCUCCCAGAAGUCCUAUACUACUGUUAAAUACUUCAUGAAGAUGUGGAGCAGCGUAAGUGAAACUCUGAUCUUCAUUUUCCUUGGAGUGUCCACUAUAGGAGACAACCAUGAAUGGAAUUGGCCUUUCAUUUCCCUAACUCUAGUCUUCUGUAUAUCGUGGAGAGCUUUUGGGGUCAUCGUCCUGACAUUUGUUUUAAACAAGUUCUGCUUAAACUCUAUCACCAAAAAGGACCAGUUCAUUAUUGCCUACGGAGGUCUUAGAGGUGCUAUAUGCUUCUCCCUUGUGUUUUUACUUCCUGAAUUUCCCAAAAAGCAACUCUUUAUCACAGCAACUACAGUUGUGAUCCUCUUUACAGUGUUUGUCCAGGGAAUGACAAUACGCCCAUUGGUAGAAUUACUGGAUGUAAAGAAGAGCAACAGAAAUAUCUCUACUGUGAGUGAGCAGGUUCACAUAAGGUUUUUGGAUCAUCUUGUGACUGGUAUAGAAGAUGUUUGUGGUCACUGGGGGCAGUAUUACUGGAAAGAUAAGUUUGAGUACUUCAACAAUAAAUACCUGAGAAAGAUUCUGCUUCGAGACAAUCAAACAAAAUCCAGCAUUGUGCUCCUCUAUGAAAAGCUGGAGAAAAAGCAUGCCAUUGAGCUAGCAGAGGCCGGGCAGCUAUCGGAUAUCUCCCAAAUCUCUGCUAAAGGAGGGAAGAUUAAAAGUAAAGAACUUAAACAGAUUCCUGCACACCAGCUGGAUGAUAUACAGAACAUUUUAGAAAGGAAUCUGUACAGCAUAAGGAAGGCGACGCCAGCAUACAGUAGGCACACUUUAUCUGGAGAUACUGGUGCAGAACAGGCCAAAGAAAUUCUCAUUAGGAGACAUCAGAGCCUUCGUGUUAAUCUGAACAAGCCGGAGGGCCCUAAUGGAAACCGGGUAUUUAUAGUUUUCAUUUUUUUCUGCCUUGACUAAUGCAAA